AUGAUCGCCUCCACGUCCAUGUCCCAGCUUGCAAAGUCCGUGGGCCCGUUCAUUCUGCUACUCUGGUCCUUGUGGUAUCUGGGUGUCAACCGCCAACACGUCCACGCCGUCACGCGAGCGUUCCGCAACCAAAGGGAGCUUUUUAUCAAAGACUUUCUCGAGCGCGAGGUCGAUGGCCCAUUCGAAGGCGCCGCCAUCGAGAGCUUGUGUGCCAGCAAGAAAUGGACACCAGGCUUGCUGAUGAGCUGUGAUGAGGCUGCUGGGGGCAUUGGCGAGGUGCGCAACGCCCAUCUGCAUUGCAUCCGCUUCGCAAUCGAGGCAGGGGCCGCAUUAAUAUUGCCUCGCAUUAUCUCUCGUUCCGAAGACGACAUCAAAGCCGUCAACGGGCGGUCCGGUGUGCCUCUCGACUAUUACUUCGACAUGGACCAUCUGCACUACGCACUCACGACUUACUGUCCACAGAUGAAGGUGUACGGGUCGAUGGACGAUCUCUACAACGUGCCAGAGGUCAUCAAUGGUCUCGAGUUCAGCAUUGCCGAUACCAACAACGACUGGGUAAACGGUACUGUUUUGGCUGACCCGUACAAGUGGCACCAGAAAUUCCACAAGUUCAUCGACCAGAAGCUGCCUGUCACUGAAAGGCCAAACCCGUUUCGCGUCCACUUGAAACGCACCCAAUGGACGUGGCCGAUAGCCAAGGACAAGGCCUCCGUGGCGUCGGCCUUUGGGCGCCUGCUCCGUAUCCGUCCCGACGCUCGACGGCUCGCCGGGUCGGCGCUUUUCACCCUUGGGUCUCGCUUCAAGCUCAAGCUCGACCCGCGCAUGCAGUACCGCCCGACGAGCUUUGUGGGCAUUCACCUGCGCACCGAGGAGAACGUCGACGACAAGUAUCCGGACUACCCCACGCAGGCUGCCAACUACCUCCAUUACUUGUCCGAGUCCGAUUCCAAGAUCGCGUUCCUUGCCACGGGCGCCACUAAGGACAACAUCACGGCUUUUGUCGGCCGCGCCCGGGACUUCAACAUCACGGUCGUAACCAAGUUGGACCUCUUGGACGAUGCGGAACAGAAGGCUCUGGAGAAGCUAUCCUGGGACCAGCGGGGCCUGGUCGACUACGAGAUCAUGCUGCGCGCCGGUCUGGUGGCAGGCGUGAGCGCAAGCGCCUUUGCGUGGAGCCUGGCCCUGACGCGAUCCUAUGCCUUUGGGAAGGGGGCGACGGGCUUGGAUCUAGACGGGCCCGGGUCAAUUGCGUGGAAAGAUGAAUACACUGUCUUGUACGGGAGACGCGACGAUGCGUUCGCCAUAGCAUCGACGAUAUGGCCAUGA